AACUCAGGCCACCAUUUUUUAUUAGCGCAAAGGGUUUGUUUACAUCCACGUCACCAGGAAGCUCAUCUUGCGUCAGAAAUGCAUCGACAGGACUCUCAAGACUCUCCUCUUUUUGGUGAGGAGGACGACAACGUCCGGCUAAAAAAGUCUAACAUUAGACAUCCUUUGGCAUCCUUCUUCCACCUGUUUUUCCGGACAAGUGCCAUCUUGGUUUAUGUACUGUGUGAUGUCCUCAGUGGUCGCUUUAUUGCCUGCAUGGUCACCAUCAUCCUCCUUCUUUCGUGUGACUUCUGGACUGUAAAGAAUGUGUCUGGCAGAUUGCUGGUGGGCCUUCGGUGGUGGAAUCAAGUGGAUGAAGAUGGGAGAAGCCGCUGGGUGUUUGAAUCCAGGAAGUCAGAUGGUGUCAACAAAACCUCCUCUGCAGAGUCACAGGUGUUCUGGCUUGGACUGACUGUGUGCCCCAUCUUCUGGGUCAUCUUUUUCUUCAGCACAGUCUUCUCUUUUAACAUCAAAUGGCUGGCUGUGGUGAUAAUGGGAUUAGUUUUGCAAUGGGCCAACUUGUACGGUUAUGUCAGAUGCAAAGUGGGUGGAAAGUCCAGCCUGAGAAAAAUGGCAAAGACCUACAUCAGUGGGCAGAUUUUCAAACAGGCAAUGAAGGAAACAGAGAAAACUUGAAACUGAAUUGGAGACAUUCAGACAAAAAUAGGUGUUGGGGCUCGGGACUCAAUGGGUCUAUUAUAUUGACUGGGGAUGGUCGUUUUUCUGUUUGCUCACAUGAGGUAAUUUUGAGGAAAUUCGGUGUCAGAUAAUAAUGAAGGUAUAAAGGAAAGCUUAAAAGAGCUUCUUUAAAAACAACUUUUGUAGCCUUGAUUCUGGAAACUAUAAAGAAGUUCUGAUAUUUUUGUAACUUUUCCAAACUGUAUUUUUCUGUCAGAAGGUUUAUUAUAGUUUGUUAUAAUUUGUAUGGUAUGUUUUAUAAUUGUUAAAUAAAAUGGUCAUUUACAAAUAA